AUGGCGAGGGGAGGGUUGCAGGGGGUGCGGGCGCCAAUUAGAGCCGGGACCAGGGUCUGGGCGUGCGCGCACGGCGCAAUCGCGCCGGAGAUCGCGGCGGCGCAGGACGCGGAGGAAACGGAUCGCGCAACCAUCUCGCGCGAUCCCGGGCUCGGGUGGGGAAGCUUCUGGAAGCUGAGCGCGCACGGGAGACUGUCCAGUGGGUCCUGCAGGGCCGGGUGGUCCACGGCGCAGCGGGCGUCCGCGGCGGAAACAGAACAGAGGGGCAGGCGCGAGGAUUCCGUCACAAACGGCAUCCUCGACAAGUACCUGUACGGCAAGGAGGAGAAGACCACGUUGGAUUGGGUGCAGAGGUUUAGGAUCAUCAAGGGCGUGGCAUCAGGGUUGCUCUACAUCCACGAAGAUUGGGAGCAGGUGGUCAUCCACCGCGACAUCAAGGCGAGCAAUGUGCUUCUCGACAGCGAGAUGAACGGACGGCUAGGACACUUUGGUCUCGCGAGGUUGUACGACCACGGAGCUGACCCCCAGACGACUCAUGUCGUCGGCACCAUGGGGUACCUUGCCCCGGAGCUGGCACGGUCAGGGAAGGCGUCCCCUCUCACCGACGUGUUCGCCUUCGGCGCGUUCAUCCUCGAGGUGGUCUGCGGGCAGAGGCCCGUCGAGCAGAGCAUGACGGACACCCAGCUCAUGCUGGUGGACUGGGUGCUCGACCACUGGCAGAAGGAGUCGCUCGCCGAGGUCAUCGACGCGAGGCUCGAGGGGGAGUACGACGCCGGCGAGGCGACGCUGGCGCUCAAGCUCAGGCUGCUCUGCUCGCACCCGCUGCCCGUCGCGCGGCCGAGCAUGCGGCAGGUGAUGCAGUACCUUGACGGCGACAUUUGUCUUCCCCGAGCUGACGCCGGCGCACCUGAGCUUCAGCAUGCUCGCCCUCAUGCGGAGCGAAGGGUUCGACUCGUUCGUCGUGUCGGCGUCGCAUGAGUCGUCCACGGCGACGGCGAUGAGUAUCGGGACGAUGACCAGCCUCUCCGGAGGGAGAUGAGAUGAGAUGACUUAUGCUCUGUGACUCCAGGACUAGUUGUCUCGUCUGUCUCCUGUAACUUGCCUGACUGACGAUAUAGGGGUGUGUUUAGAUCCAAAAACCCCCCAUAAAAUCCAAAUUUUCCAUCACAUCAAAAUCACAUCGAAACAUUAAAUAUAACAAAUGACCAUACAUAGA